AUGCAGGCCCUACAGGACAAUGCCGAAGAUCGCUUUGCGGACCGAGAAGAUGCGCCAUUUCUUGACCCGAGCCAGCCAAAGAACGAGCGGCCAUCCCGGAAGGAGAAAAAUGCGUCUCGCGAGAAGCUGCGGAUCCGGCUCAUGAUUACCCUAUAUGCAAUUAUCCUGUUAGUUGAAAUGGGGAACGCAAUGACAAACGGCCCUUUUACACGCAUAUUCGAGUCGAUCGUCUGCAAAAACUGGUACCGGGAGCAUGAUCCAUCAAAGCUCGGAAGUGAUGGAGAAGUGCCGGAAGAUCAAUGCAAAUCGUCAGCUAUUCAAGGCGAGGUUGCUACAAUCAAAGGAGUCAUGGAGUUCUUUGAUGGAAUCACUAGCGUGUUACUCGCUAUUCCCUACGGUUUACUGGCCGAUCGGAUUGGACGAAAGCCCACAAUCAUGCUGAGUAUCCCGGGGUUUAUCCUCAACAUGGUGGUCAGCGGAGUUGUGCUGUGGUGGUCGGAUAUCUUUCCACUUCGUGCAAUAUGGUUCUCGGCUUUGACAUGGCUGUUUGGCGGUGGGCUAGUUGUCGCGUCCGCGUUGGUAUGGACAAUGAUGGCCGACGUCACGACGGAGCAACAACGAUCGGCCAUGUUCUUUCAGUUUGGCGUCGUUGUUAUGGGUUCCGAGUUUCUGAGUAAUUCACUCGGAUCAUGGUUAAUGCUGUUCUCGCCUUGGAGACCCUUACUUAUUGGUUGGGGCAUUAUCAUUAUUGGUCUGUGUCUGGGCCUGACACUGCCGGAAACCAAGAAUGCGUUCUCUUCCGCCAUCUCAGAGCCGGACUACUCUGAGCAUGAAAUGUCUGACUUGUCGACUGUCGUAGAUGAAGAAGAGCAGGAAGGCAUCUUGCCUUUUGCGAAAGCAACCGGCGCAGCACAUCAGCCACCAAGCUCAGCUUGGAUGAAAAUCAAGACGUCCUUCCUCGCAUACACUUUCUUCUUCCAAGACAGACAAGUGGUCUUGCUCUCUUCAGCUUUUUUGGUCUACAAACUCAGUCGAGGAACCGCAUGGUUCCUGAUUCAGUAUGUCUCCAUCAGAUAUGGAUGGAGCCUUGCGGCAGCAAACAUGAUCACUUCGCUUAAAUCAAUCCUGAUGGUUUUUCUGUUUGUUGCUAUACUGCCAUUGGCUUCGUGGUACUUACAGAAGAAGCGAGGCGCUGACGGUCGUACCAAGGAUAUGAUUCUUACCAAAGGCACUCUGGGCAUGGGCCUCUCACCACAUAUUGCUAUUAUGAUAUUUUUCCUCGUCAUCCAGACUAUGGGUGCUGGAUUCGUCUAUACUACCCGUUCGGUCGUUACCACUAUGAUCCAUCGUGACCAGACGGCUCGCUUAUAUACAUUGAUUGAGAUUAUUCAGGCUUUGGGUAUGAUUCUGGCUAGUCCGAUAAUGACUGGCUUCUUCAAUUUGGGGUUGCAAUUGGAUGGUUUCUGGAUAGGGUUGGCCUGGAUGGUAGCUGCAGGUCUCUUUGGUAUUGUGGGUUUGAUCAUCUGGAGGGUCAGGUUGCCUGCUCAUACAACCAGAUCCGAUGAUUAAUUUGCAUUGUUGUGUCGGGACAAAAGGUUUUUAUCUGCAGGGAGUUGCAAUUUUUGUACAUGUACAUAGCAUGUUUUCAUCGGAGAUUUCGAGCAUAUAUAUUACAGAUAGAGCCUUAUGACUGGAAUAUAUUGAAUGGGUACUAUUUCGGUGCCUCGAUCAAGUUACAUGCUGUUC